UCAACAGGAAGGAGAGUUCCAUUGGAGAGCACCUGUCGAUGUCACUUCCUUCCCCCAGAGUGCUCAUCUGCUCUGCCGCUCCUCCUUAGGCUUAGUCAGGACAAGAAGGCAGUAAGUGAGGCAGGGAGAGAGAAAGAGAGAGAGAGAGAGCGACAAAGAGAGAAAGGAAGAGAAAGAAAGUGACAGAGAGAGAGAGACAGGAAAGGAAGAGAAUGACGGAGAGGAAGAGAGAGAGAGAGUAGCCAUAGAGAGUUCUGUACUUUAAAAGGCUGGAUGGAGACAUGCCUCGGAGGCAAUUCUUGUUUGGGAUUUGGGAGAGCGUAAAUGAAUCCGUCCUCAGUGUUUAAAGGGAGUUGGAGAGACAGAGGGAGGGAGGGAAAGGAGGAGGAAACCGGGUGCCUUGUGGAGGUCACCGUUGUUGCUGGGGUUGUAGUUAUUUUCCUGGUUCUGCACGAGUCUUUCCUGUGAUUGUGAGGAGGCAGACCUUCGAGGGAUCCUGCCUGGUUUAAACAUGCUAACCUGUGCCUGUGGACAGGCUUAUGACGAGUGCUUGCAUGGAGAUCCAGUUUGAGAGGCUGACCAGGGAGCUGGAGGUGGAGAGACAGAUUGUGGCCAAUCAGCUGGAAAGAUGCAGACUUGGGGCCGAAUCGCCAGACACUGCUAGCGGCAGCUCGUCUGAGAAGUCUCUCCCCUGGAGAUCUGCAGAUGCCACGACCUCAGGGGAGUCCAAGUCUCGGGUGACGGACAGCUCUCAGUCGCCCACCUACCGCCUCAGAACAGAGCAGGAGCAGGUGGUCCUCUACUCCCCAGAGCAGACCUCGCUUCAUGAAAGUGAGGGGUCUACAGGGAACUCCCGCAGCUCCACCCAGAUGAACUCGUACUCAGACAGUGGCUACCAGGAUGCCAGCAGCUACUACAGCGGCCAGAACCAGAAUAAUCUGGCCAAGGCCGAGCUGAGAAUGCAGCACUCGUACCCGGGCACAGGCGGCACCUCCACCCUCCUGAGGAAUGCCAGGGCUGAGGGCCAAGCCCAGGUCCAGGCUCCGAUGUUAACCGCCGCAGCGCCGGGCCGAGCCAUGAGGAGGGUGAGCUCGGUGCCCUCCCGGACCCAGUCCCCGGCCUACGGCAGCAGUGUGUCCCCUUCUCGCGGCUCCCUGAGGGCCACCAUGGGUAGCAACUACGGUUCCCCCAUCGUGACGGAGCCCAAGCCCCUGUCCAGUAUCUUCUCCACCACCCUGCCCUCGGCGCAGCGCGCCGGCUCCCCUUACAACACCCAGAGGAGCUCCCCCGCCGCCCUGCGCCGCAUGGGCAGCGCCAACUCCCGCUCGGGCAGCGCCAGCCGCGCCACCUCGCCCUACCUGGGGUCGGCAUCGGGGCGCAUGGGGUCCCCCUUAACGAUGGUGGACGGCCCCCUCACCCAGCAGCCGGUGGGGUCGUCGGCGUCUCCGGUGCGCUCCAGCAUGACGGCCCAGCCCCAGCACUACGGCCCAGCCCCAGCACUACAGCACUACGGCUCCACCUUGCCUCGCUCGUUGAUCCACCACGACUCAGACCCUUACGGAGCCCAGAGCUAUGACGUCUACGAGAGGAUGAUCCCACGGCCUGACAACCUCACAGACAUCCUGGUCGAUAAUGACCUUCAAGGCAUGCGGAGCUCGUACGCCAGUCAGCACAGCCAGCUGGGCCAGGACCUGAGGUCAGCCAUGUCCCCUGACCGACACAUCACGCCCAUCUACGAGGACAGGGCCUUCCAUGGGCCCCUGUACCGCAGCCCCAGCCACCAAGGCCCCGUGGACCUCAACCAUGCCUCGCAGAGCGCCAUCUACAGGGGGCCCUCAGGCGUGGGGACCCUCCAGAGGACCUCCAGCCAGCGCAAUGCCAUGACGUACCAAAGAAGCAACUACGCUCUGAACUCGACAGUCUCGUACGCCGAGCCCUACCGCUCUGCCCAGUACCGGCCCUCUGAGGGCAACUACGCCCGGCAGCCGGUCGUCAUGGACGACGGGACCACCCGCUCGCCCUCCAUAGACAGCAUCCAGAAGGACCCAAGGGAGUUUGCGUGGCGUGACCCUGAGCUGCCUGAGGUGAUUCAUAUGCUGCAGCACCAGUUCCCCUCGGUGCAGGCCAACGCCGCCGCAUACCUGCAGCACCUGUGCUUCGGAGAUAAUAGAGUCAAGGCUGAGGUGUGCCGUCUUGGGGGCAUCAAGCACUUGGUGGACCUUCUAGACCACAAAACCCUAGAGGUCCAGAGGAACGCCUGUGGUGCUCUGAGGAACCUGGUCUACGGGAAAGCCACGGACGACAACAAGGUCGCCGUGAGAAACGCAGGUGGCGUCCCCGCUUUGCUCAGGCUGCUGAGGAAGACGGUGGACGCUGAAGUGAGGGAGCUGGUCACGGGGGUGCUGUGGAACCUCUCCUCCUGUGACUCCGUCAAGAUGACAAUCAUUCGGGAUGCCUUAACUACUCUGACCAACACUGUGAUCAUACCCCAUUCCGGGUGGAGCAGCUCGACAUUCGACGAGGACCACAAACUCAAAUUCCACUCGUCUCUGGUCCUGAGGAACACCAGUGGCUGUAUGAGGAACCUGAGUUCGGCGGGGGAGGAGGCUAGAAAACAGAUGCGUUCCUGUGAGGGACUGGUGGACUCUUUACUCUACGUCAUCAAGGCCUGUGUCAACACCUCGGACUUCGACAGCAAGAUUGUGGAGAACUGUAUUUGCACUCUGAGGAACCUGUCGUAUCGCCUGGAGCUGGAGAUGCCACCGUCGAGGCUGCAGGGAGCCCAGGAGCUGGACGGCCUGCUGGGAAGUGAGUCUCCCAGUAAUGAUGUGGACUCCAGCUGCUGGGGCCGGAAGAGGAAGAAGAAGAAGGGUUCCCAGGAAGAGCAGGUGCUUGUAAUGUGUUCUCAGUGGGAUGGAGUGGGCCCCAUCCCUGGCUUCUCCAAGUCCCCCAAGGGGGCGGAGAUGUUGUGGCACCCAGCCGUGGUGAAGCCCUACCUGACCCUGCUGGCCGAGAGCUCCAACCCUGCCACGCUGGAGGGCUCGGCGGGCUCCCUACAGAACCUGUCUGCUGGGAACUGGAAGUUUACGGCGUACGUCCGUGCGGCGGUGCGUAAGGAGAAGGGUCUGCCCAUCCUGGUGGAGCUGCUGAGGAUGGACAACGACAGGGUGGUCUGCUCUGUGGCCACCGCCCUGAGGAACAUGGCCCUGGACGUCAGGAACAAGGAGCUCAUAGGGAAGUAUGCGAUGAGGGACCUGGUGAAUCGUCUCCCUGGGGGGAACACCACCCUGCUCUCUGACGAGACGGUGGCGGCCAUCUGCUGCACCCUGCACGAGGUCACCAGCAAGAACAUGGAGAACGCCAAGGCACUGGCCGACACGGGCGGCAUCGAGAAGCUGGUCAACAUCACCAAGGGCAGGGGAGAGAGGUACUCUAUGAAGGUGGUGAAAGCUGCCGCUCAGGUCCUCAACACACUGUGGCAGUACAAAGACCUGAGGACUAUCUAUAAGAAGGACGGAUGGAGCCAAAACCACUUCAUCACACCAGUAUCCACUCUAGAGCGCGACAGGUUCAAGUCUCAGCCCACCCUCCCCACCAGCACCAUACAGAUGUCACCGGUCAACCAGUCAGCUGGUAGUGCCACCUCCUCUCCUGCAAUACUGGGAAUCGAAGAACACCGUUCUGAUUAUCAGAGGGCACCGUCAACUAUGCAAUUUUAUAAUAACCAAGGGGACAACAAUGUACAUAAAUAUCAGUAUACAGGGUCUGGAAAGCCGCCGCCGUAUUAUAUCGGAUCUUACUCCUCGCCAACAAGAGAGGACCCCAGAAAAACACAGCAGCAGGUGUACCACACCGAGGAGCCGAGCAGGCGGAACCACGACCCCUACAGGAUGUACCUGCAGUCUCCACACGGCUACGAGGAGCCCUACGUGGAGGAAGUAGUCACCUUCCCCCCCACGGCAGACUACAGCUCUCAGUCGCACGGCCACGGACUCAAAUCCACCACGAACUACGUGGACUUUUACUCCACCACCCGGAGGCCUUCCUACAGGGCGGAGCAGUACCCAGGCUCACCAGACUCCUGGGUAUAGGGACUCCGUCUUUGGAGCCCGUCUGAUGAACUCGUCCAUGAGCUUUUAUUUGUGUGUUUUUUUAAUUUUUGAAAGUGAAUCUGAAUGUGGGGCUGGAAGCGAUGGCAGUUGGAGAAAACAGAACGUUAGCCAAAGAAAGAAGGAAAUCAAGGAAUGUGGUUGUUGUUUUAAACGAAGAGAGGGAAUCAUGCAGUGGUGUGUUUGGGGAAUGGUCGGCAUUGGACAUAAUUGUGAGCGGCGUUCUGCUCGGUCUAGAUGUUAGUUUUUCUUUUGGAAACGCGUAGCUGUGGUAGCGUGGUGAAGGUGUGGGAUAUGUGACGGAAGGUUUGUGGUAAAGAGUCAGAUGGGGAAUGUGUAUGUGUAUGUCUGUAGGCUAAAAUGGAUCAUGAACUCAUAUCUGUAAACAAAAAAAAGUAAUCUAAAGAUGUUAGUUUGUACAGAGGGAUCACAUUGUAUUUGUUCUUAAUGUUGAGAUUGUGUAUGCCAUGGAGUGUUGUACAUUUCCGUCAUUUAAUUGUAAAUACAGAAAAAAUGCCACCUGGUUUUCGCUCAUCAGCACUGGUAAAGACUUGUGCCAUGUCAAAUCUAUAUUAUAGAUCUAUAAAUACAGUAUAUGAAGAAGUAGAGGUGGGAAAAGACUACAUCAUAACACAAACUUGCAAAGUUAAUCAAAGUUGACUUUUGUUUUUUCAAUGAAUUGUGGAAUUGCAGACAUUUUUGUGACUUUGCAGAUAUUCUCUUUAUUUUUCCAUUUUCUGUGCUGGACCUUUCAUGGGAUGGUUCACUGCCAUUUUCUUUGCACACCAACCAACAGAAAUAAAUGUGAACGUUUGGUCCAUGAA